AUGAAAUUGCUAAUCGUCGCAGUCAUUUUAUCUGUCAGCUCUGCAGCUCAGUUACCAAAAAUUUACCUUCCACAAAAUGGCGGCAAUCAACAGGCUUUGUCCAGUCAAAAUUUACAAAAUACAGGUGGUGCAAGUAAUAAUGGUAACAGUAGGCCCCAACAAGAACAGGACAAAAAUGCACAGAUAAUUAAACAGGAACAGGAAAUAAAUGAAAAUGGAUUCUACUACACCUAUGAGACUUCUAACGGCAUCAAGGCAGAAGAGAAUGGAAAUGCUAAUCAAAGUCAAGGAGGUUUCUCCUACAUAGGAGAUGAUGGAAACACAUACUCAGUAACAUUUACAGCUGGAGAAGAUGGUUUUAGACCUCAAGGUGAUCAUCUGCCUGUACCUCCACCACCUCCACAGGCUAUAUUGGAUGCUCUCGAGCAGAACGAAAAAGAUGAAGCCGCUGGAAUAUUUGACGAUGGACAAUACCGCCCGGAUGUUCAUGGAGGUGGACAAAACCGACCUGGACAAUCAGGCUCUGAUGUGGCCACUUCGAGUCAUCAAGGAAAUUUUAAUGCUAACUCCGGUUACAGAUAUUAAUAGAAUAGAUCAUUACAUAGUAUAAAAUAAAGUCGCUGUCGCUGUCCGUCCGUCCCUAUGUAUGCUUAAAUCUUUAAAACUACGCAACGGAUUUGCGUGCCCAUGCGAAGCCGGCGCGAGUAGCUAGUAGAAAAUAAAAUAUACGGCAAAGAAAAGACAGCAAUGUAUUAGAGAAGAAGAGAAAUAAAUGUAGAAGAGAAAAGAUAAAAGAGAAGAGAGAAGACAUGUACAGUUACAAUAAGGCAGCCUUAUUGCUGAAAUCUUUUCAAGGCAAUCUUUUCAAUAUAAUUAUACCUAAUGUACAUAAUAUUAUUACGUAGAUUAAUUAAUUAAGUUAAAUAAUACUUUUUUAUAAUGA